AUGUCAGACGCCGACACAGAAUCGCCGGCUCAGCGUUCAGCUCGUCUGCGCCGCGAGAAGCGCAAUGCAAAGAUCCAGGCCGAGGGUUCGGACAGAUUGGCACGAAUCACGCAGUUGAGUGGAAGACCAGCUCCUGCACCUGAAGAGCCAUCCAUGAAGCAAACUCCUACCAAGCCCGCACAAGCUACGCCAACAAAGACACCACAGCAGGCAUCCGUUGAAGACCCCGACGAGGUCGACAUUUCCGAGCACUACUGGACACCCACUCCUUCAGAUCAGACCCAGCUCGCCCGCCUACAGCAACAACAGCAACAGUCUCCCUUUGCGCGACCAGGCCAACAAGAUGAGGAUCCUAUGCUCAAGAUGAUGCAGUCAUUGCUGAGUGGAGAUCCUUCAGCAGCAGGUGGCAUCCCAGACUCGGCCAUGGACGACCUGCCUCCCAUGCUCAAGGCUAUGAUGCAAGGUCAACGCGCAACCCAACAGCAAGCCUCACCACCCACUGGCUCAACCUACCUCUGGCGCAUCGUUCACGCCGUCUUUGCUCUCGCUUUGGGCAUCUACAUCGCAGCCAGUGGUACUUUCAACGGCAGCAAGCUCUCACGCUCAACUUCACUUCAAGAGUCAGACUUUGGCCCUAGGCUUUUCUACAUUUUCGCAACUGCAGAAGUCGUGCUGCAAUCCAGCAGGUACUUUAUGGAGAAGGGAAGGUUGCAAGGAAGUGGAUGGUUGGCUACCAUUGCCAAUUCAGGUCUGGUGCCUCAGCCAUAUUCCAACUACAUCAGCAUGUUGGGCAGAUAUGCUGUCAUUUGGCAGACGGUUGUUGCAGAUGCCAUGGUCGUUGUCUUUGUCCUGGGCUGUCUUGCUUGGUGGAAUGGCAUGGCUACUGCUUAG